AUGGAGUUUUUAAUUUUUGCUGCACGUUCAUACAAGGAACAUGAAAACAGUCUUGACACAUUGUUUCUUGACGUUAUGGAUGUUGUAAUGCUUUUCAUCCACACUACGAACUGCAUAUUCUUUUUAUUAUUACUGCUUUACAAACGAAGAAAUAGGAAAGCAGAAAAACGAGUAAAAUUCAAGGAAUUUCAUGCUCCGAUUUUCCAGCAGCUCUUUUUCAUUGCUGGUUGCACUCUUUUCAUCAACAGUAUAAAUCUUUUUACUAGAUUGAUUGCUGAUAGAGAGAGUAAUUAUUCUCUUGCAGCGAUGCUUACUAUCGCACUGUUCAUUUAUAUUUCUAUCGGUUUCGUUUUCGGAUGCAUCAUAUCGUUUACUUUUCUGGCUACUAUGCAGCGUAUUUUAAUUCUUCACUUUGCGCAGUACAAAUGGCUAUUAAUAAAAUCACAACUGAACAUCGCAAUAUUUGUAGUUUAUUGUUCAAUGGCGUCUUACUCAGUUAUUAAUUACAACUUUUAUCUUCAAAAAGAGUCAUUAUUGAAAACUGAUCUCACAGUGGAGAUGUGGCAUAACUUGUUCAAUGGAAUGCUACUAUUGAUGACUUUCAUCACAGGAUGCUUUUAUUACUAUAUACGUGGUCUUAUGCAAAGAUUAACGCCGGAAAUGGGCAUUUCGAUUGGCUAUCUUUUGCAACAAUUUGGUCCAAUUUACAGUGUGCAAGUUAUUUACAUUUUGGCCUCAAUUAUUGAGACGAUACUUUAUAAAUUUGAUAUUUGUCAGCCUAUUUCUUUAAUUGUUUCAUUAACUCUUGUGCAUACAAUACCCACAAUUGUUUCUUUAUCGUAUUGUGCAACGAAAGAAAAUAUUAGAGCAAUUACAAUUCGUGUGCUCCGCCUGGCUUUAAGGGAAACGACAGUAUGA